AUGGCUACGUCUAAUAUGGCUACGUCUAAUAUGUCUCGACUCCGAAGGGCCGAGCUCACUAUGUCAAAACUUUGGUUCUACUUGAUUUUCUGGGGUAUACACUUCGGCAUUUUUGCAGCGGGAUGGUGGGCACAAGAAAGAGAUAAACAACUGGCAGCCUUGAAUGUCCUCAAGUACUCCGUAUGGAUAUCUCGAGGGGCAGGUCUUGUCCUUUCUAUUGAUGCCACUUUGAUCCUUUUGCCCAUGUGCCGGAAUGCACUGCGAUGGCUCCGACCUCAAAUUCGCUGGCUACCGUUGGAUGAAUCCGCAUGGUUUCAUCGUCAAAUAGCAUAUGCGAUGUUGGUUUUCACCUUCCUUCAUGUGGCAGCCCAUUACAUCAAUUUUUACAAUAUCGAGAAAGAUCAAAUCCGCCCCGUACUUGCGGUGGAACUACACUAUAAGUCCGCAGCUGGUAUCACGGGCCAUGUUAUGCUAUUAUGUAUGUUGCUGAUAUACACAACCGCACACGCACGUAUCCGACAACAAGCUUUCGAAACUUUUUGGUAUACGCACCAUCUCUUCAUUCCAUUCAUGCUCGCUCUUUAUACCCAUGCAACCGGGUGUUUUGUGCGAGACAGCCCUGAACCAUAUUCCCCCUUUGCAGGUAAGGAGUUUUGGAGCCACUGUGUGGGCUAUGAAGGAUGGAGAUGGGAGCUCGUAGCCGGCGCCCUGUACCUCUUUGAACGGCUGUAUCGCGAGAUUCGAGCUCGGCGGGAGACUGUCAUUACCAAGGUCAUCCGUCACCCAUAUGCCGCCAUGGAAAUCCAGUUUCAAAAGCCAAGCAUGAAAUAUAAAGCAGGACAAUGGCUGUUCCUUCAGGUUCCUGACGUCUCCACCACCCAAUGGCACCCAUUUACCAUCACAUCCUGCCCCUUCGACCCAUACAUGAGUGUCCACGUUCGGCAAGUCGGCGACUUCACUCGCGCCCUCGGAGAUGCCCUCGGAUGUGGUCCCGCACAAGCAAAGGAUCUUGAAGGUCUAGAUCCAAACGGAAUGUACGAAGUUGCUCUCCAAAAUGGCCAAACAAUGCCAAAGAUGCGCAUCGAUGGACCCUACGGAGCCCCCGCCGAAGACGUCUUCGAGAACGAAAUCGCCGUCUUAAUCGGAACAGGUAUCGGAGUCACCCCCUGGGCAUCCAUUCUGAAAAAUAUCUGGCACAUGCGCUCCGGUCCCAACCCGCCUCGCCGUCUGCGUCGUGUGGAAUUCAUCUGGAUCUGUAAGGAUACGUCCUCAUUUGAGUGGUUCCAGGCUCUGCUCUCUUCUCUGGAGUCGCAGUCUGCGAGCGCGGCUGCUUUCGAGGGCAAUAUGGAGUUCUUGCGCAUACAUACCUACCUUACGCAGCGGCUCGAUGAUGAUACUGCGGCAAAUAUCUACUUGAAUUCUGUUGGUCAGGCUCUUGAUCCGCUUACUGAGUUGCGGAGUCGGACAAAUUUCGGGCGUCCGGACUUUAAGCGUUUGUUUACUGCAAUGCGGAAUGGUUUGUUGAAUCAAACUUAUAUGCAGGGGUUGCAGACUCCGGCAACGGAGAUUGGUGUUUACUUUUGUGGACCUAAUACUGCGGCUUUGCAGAUCGAUGAUGCGGCAAGAUUUGCGUCGUCGAAGGAUAUUCGGUUCAAGUUCUGGAAGGAGAACUUCUAG